GCUCACAGAGUAAUCCAACCUCUUUUCCAUGCCUUGUUCCGUUGUGAAGUGAUGGAUUCUGGAACUUGAAAUUCCUCCACCUUCCAAAGAACCUGUGCAAACACUGAUGUCCCAGAUUCAAUCACUUCACAAUGGAAAAGCUGAAAGAGGAGUCUAAAGGAUGUUGGGAAAUGGUUCCAACAAGUCAGACUAUCAUGGUUUCCCUUCAGUCUGUGGAAUCAGAUGUAUUACGUUCUUUAUUCAACAAUCCUUCCACCAUAAAGCCUGCAGAGGUGGUGAGAUAUGGAGCGGGAUAUGUGGCCUGUGCUGUGAUUGCCAUUCUGUUCCUUAUAUUCAUGCUAGUGUUUGGGAUCAUUUACUGCGUAUUCCAGUGCCGUGGGGAGAGAAUCUUCAAAAGGUGUGAGGGAAUGUUCUGUCAUAGAGUUCCAGUGUUCCUGCUUCUAUUCCUCACCUGCACUGUUUUAUUGGCUGGAGUUAUCUGUACAUUCUGUCUAAACCAGAAGGUCCAAGAAGAGUUUGCUCCAGGGGUCUAUGAAGUCACUGACAGUCUGCAGAGGUUCCGCAGCUCCAUAGAUAACCUUCCCCUGGUUCUUGAAAAGAUUUCAUCUGAUUUCUCCAUCCCUAAACAGAAGGUUUUAGAUGAAUUACAAAGCUUUGGUCCAGAUAUUAACAGAACUCUGAGUGCCAAGCUUAAUCAAGAAAUUUAUCCUCUCUUGCAAGAUUCUUACCAGACAGCCAAACAACUGAAGGAAGCGGCGCAGGCUGUAGUUGACGUCAACGUGGCCGUGAAGCUCCUGCAGAAAAGCCAGAGCAAACUGGUGGCUGAACUGAGCAGCCAUAGGCAGAACUUGGAGAGGACUUUAUCUGAUACCCAAUGUAAAGAAUGCAAGGAAGCUGCAGCCAUCGUGCCGCAACUGCAACAGACUGCGAAUUAUAGCCAGAUCCCAUCUUUGGAUGAUUAUGUGAAAAAAUUAACACAAGUGAGGAAAAUCAACCUGACUGGAAUAUUUCUGCAGGGAAUUCGACUUUUCAAUGAAAUGCCACAAUUCGUGAUCACACAGGCUUCCAAAAGUAUUAGCGAAACAAAAAAAGCAUUGGAUACCAUUGAGGGAAAAAUUAACUCUUUGAUAAGCAGCGUCCCCAUUCAGCAAUACACUGAGCCCAUACACAAGGCCUUGCUGGAAGCUGAAGAAAAGAGUGCUGUGUAUGGCAAGGAGGCAGAACGUUAUGAGUAUUACAGGUGGGUUAUUGGAAUCACUCUGUGCUGUGUGCUCCUCCUAAUUACCAUUUGUACUUUCCUCGGCCUGCUGCUCGGAGUUUGGUACCUAUAUCUACAGCAGGAUGGUGUUAGUUCCAAUCUUAGACAGACAGGGUAUUUGCUGCUUAAAGGAGAAGUGUAUGUGUCUUUCUGCUUCUCCUGGCUGCUCAUAAUCCUUGUGUAUGUCACUUUCCUGGUUGGAGGAAAUGUGCAGACACUGCUGUGUGAACCCUGGGCCAAUGGCGAAAUAUAUAGCUUUUUGGAUGACCCUAAUAAUUUGCCUCCCAGUGUAAGUUUGAGUAACCGCCUUGGACUUAGAGAAGAUGUUAACAUCAGCUAUAUGUAUCAACUGUGCAAAGAAGGAGCUCCGAUUUGGGAUGUGCUUCAAGUGGAUGACCCCACUGGUAUGUUGCAGUCUAUCAACAUCACCCAGUACACAGCUGAAAUCCAGAACAAGGUCAACAACUUCACAGUGGAUCUCUCCGGGCUGACAAUUAUGACCAUCAUUGCAAUAAAGACGCUGUAUGAGUACAGCCACAGUGGGAUAGAGAAAGUGCCUUAUGACGCCAUGCUGGCACAGAUUCAGCCUCCUCUCGUGACAUUGGAUCUUGGCCACCUUGCAUCAAUGUUGAAAAGUCUUGCAACUGUGCAGAACAACGAUACUAUAAGGACACAGCUACAGAAUGAAGCCAAUGCCUUGGGAGGAAUACAGAAUGGCACUGUGCGAGAACAAAACGUUCACUUGAGUAAACUAAAUGACAGUCUGCACUCUUUGGCUGAACAUCUCCCUAAUAUGCAGGCUAAUAUUAACCAUACCAUAGAGAAUAUCCGUUCCCUACAAGACACGCUGAUUGGCGGUAUCAUCCAGCUGCUUAAAAAUGAAAGUACCUGCCUUCUCAGGAAAGCCAUAGCGCACUUUACUCAGUAUCUGGAUUGGGUAACAAAAUUGAUAACAGAAGAUGUCUCCUCCUGCCAGUCAGUGCCUCGGACUCUGGAUAACAUACACACUGUGGUGUGUGACAAUAUAACCAAUCCCUGGAAUGGUUUCUGGUUUUGCCUUGCCUGGUGCACAUUCUUCCUAAUCCCCAAUAUCCUUUUGAGUAUAAAGUCCGUGGAGCAUUUCUCCCUUCUCAAACCCAUAUCAAGUCACUCCCGUCUGGAAGAAGAGAACCCCUUUCCCUUAACUGGAAAGAGCCAUCCUUUUGCUGUUCAAAGUAUAAGGACCAGUGAAAUACUGUGAAGAUUUGUAUUGCCGGAGGGAUUUACACUGCUGCUUUGGGACCUUCUGAAACCAAUGGGCCUGGUUAAGAGUAACUUUAAUGCCACAGAGAGUACUUGAAGUGUUCUGUUGGUUCUGUAAGCUGUCAACAGUCAACAUCUUUGUGAAGGGCAGUCCACUUCAAAUAGAAAUGUAACUGGUGCUUUGUUAGGGGUGACUUUUAUGAUUACAGAGUACAACAAAGUGGUGCUGUAAGUUUAACAACAACUGAAGGGUCUCCAUUUAGGUGCUAGUUAUAAAGUGUCCGGCAAUGAGCAAUGACAGAAGUGCCUAUUUAUAAAUGCUCCAAAAGUUUCUAUUGUUUGCAGAUGAAAUUCAAAUUGUUACUGAUGUACUAAUAGAAGUUUGGCCAAAG